AUGGAAUCUGGGGCAAACAAAGGUCCCGGAAUGACAGCAGCUUCAAUAGCCUUGACUGUCAUUGCCGUCGUUAUCUUUGCAUUACGGGCCUACUCGCAGCGCCUCGUCACGAAAUUGUUUCAUCUCGAUGAAGUAUUUCUGUUCAUUGGGCUGUUGGUCUAUGUAUUGAGACAUGUCUUUGUGAGUACUAUAUGCCCAAACAAGGCCCAGGAGGUUAUCUUAUAA